UUUGAGAUAAAGGGUUUUUUGUUUUUUUAAUAUGCUGUUUUACCCGCAACACGUUGUUGAGAAAGUGCAGCCUUACAUCGAUUACAAACCCUUAUGAAGAACAAGAACACAUUAAUAUCCUGAGUCUAUCUGAAAUAAAUCCAAUCAACUCAAACUUAAGCUCAAACUUAUAACUUUUAUUAUAUAUAUAUAUAUAUAUAUAUAUAUAUUUUUUACAAAAAUGAAAUUUUCCUUUAUCAUUUGGAUGUUCGCCAUCACGCUGCCUGUUGAUUCCUCAAAGAAACCUCAAAUAAUAGUGAAUCCUGCGAAAUCAGGUGACGUUUUUGUUCAGUGUAGCUGGGCUGGGGAAAAGAACAGUAAUGACACCUUUGUGCUGUUUAAAAAUAAAGAGAAAGUGGACGAGACUCACAGCGACACAUUUCACAUCAAAACAGAGACCAGCAACAGCGGGAACUACACGUGCAGGGUUUCCAGAAACGGACUGUCUUCAAACGCCAGCGCUUCCGAGCAAGUGACAAUAAUAGCUCCUCCUGCUCUGUCUGUGAGCAGCUCUGUAUCUGUGAGAGGAGCGGAUGUGACAAUGCACUGCAGCCUCAGCAGCUCAUAUCAGAGCACUGGCUGGUUUUUUCUUUACUGGGACCGCGAGGAAGUGCAGGCGCAGUGCGUACCUGUAGGAGACAAAAGCUCCACCUUCACCCUAACUAAGAUACAAGAGAAACAGCAGGGGGAGUACUUGUGUCGCUACUCCACCCAUUCACAGACCGGCUGGGUGCUUACUGAACAAUCUGCUCCUGUGAAUAUAACUGUGCUCGACCUCCCUAAGCCAGCGAUCUCAUUGGAAACACUGUUAAACCCAGCUGGAAGAAAUGACAUUACUUGUUCAUCAGCCAGGGAUUACAGAAACGUGACGUUCUAUUUGCACAUCCAGGGUGAAUCGAAUCAUACUGAGAUGAAGAACGCAGAGGCAUCUGAUAACAGAGUCACGUUUACUGAUAUAAAGCUUACAGCAGGGGCUUACUGUACCUGUUGGUAUGAAGUCCUAUUUUUAGGAAAGCGUUUCAUUUCACCAUUUAGUAAGCGUGUCCCUGAAGUAACAGAAGGUAAUGUGAUGUUAUUACAUAUCGCUGAAAUAUUAUUAUUAUGAGUCAUUUAGCAGAUGCUUUUAUCCAAAGUGGCUUACAGAGACUAGGGGGUGAACUAUGCAUCAUCACCAACUGCUGCUGCUGCUGCAGAGUCACUUCCAAUAGGAGCUCGGUUUUAAGUCUCAUCCGAAGAACGGAAAUUAUGACUUCCCAACAAUUUUUCUUGGAAUGAUCAGAACCCCUUUUUAAACUGCUGUUGUUUUUACACACACACAAAAAAGUUUAAUAAUUAUAAUAGACAAUGAUUAAUUAGUGAUGUUUUACUGUGUUUUAAAAUUUAAAAACUAUUUGUUUUAACAAAAGUCGUGGAAUCCAUAUAUUAUUUACAAAAAAAAAAAAAAAAGUACAAAUGGGGCUGAAGUGAAUUACUUUUGGUUAUAGCUGCAUCUGGGGGUUCUCGUGAAUUUGUGGUUUGUAAUAACCUUGUAAUCAAUUACAGCCCACCUAUUAUAGUAUAUAUAACAUAACAAAUUAUUACAUUUGUAGUUUGUCUUUAAAAUAGGAUUGUAAUAAACUUUCAAUACUGGAAAAACCUUUAAAAAACAUCCUAUAGAUGUUUUAUACAUGAAUCCUUACACGAAAUGACUAGAAAACAGAACGCUGCUGUACUAUUAGGCAAAACCUGCAAAAUCGUGGUGGCUAUGAUUCCCUCCUGCCCUUUAAGGUGUAAUGAAUUACUUCUGAGCCAGCUGCGCUCCUCAAUUAAAAAGCGUUUAUUGUCCAAGGGGCUUCAGAGCCUUCAUUGCAUAAUCUGAUCAAAAGCAAGUGGCCCUGGGUAACGUCAUCUUCUUUGAUAAGUAAAGAUCGAGUCAUUUAUAAACCAUACUCUGGAGGUGACUAGCUGAACCUUCUGCUCAUCUCUAACCGCACACGAAAGUCUCGCACAUGUUUGAAAGACAAUGUUAUUUAUCCAGUUCUUGCUGAUUGUGUUUUAGAAACAGAGCUCAACACAUGGAUUGCUAUCGGGGUCAGCUCAGCUGCAGCGCUGAUGCUUCUCGUGUGUGUCGCAGUUCUGUGUGUCCGCAGAGUCAAACGAGGACCUACCAGCAGGAACACAGAGAUGUCGCAGACACAAGAAGAGGAGGAGAUCGUUUACGCCAGUUUGAACCCAAGCACUCUGAGAAAAAAGGACUCAACUUCUCUUAUGCAGGAAGAACAGGCAAUUUAUGCAGCUGUCGUCAUCAAAUAAAAACCCACAAACUAGGACGCUGAUUUCCAAAGGUUCUGUUGGGUGGUGCGGUCGGUUUCUCAGAUCUGACGACUGGGUUAAAUUUGAUGGUUCUUAGCCAAGCCUGAUGCAUAGAACAUCACAAAUCCAUUAUAAUUUUCACUCAGCUGUUCUGAAUUGUGGCUCCACUGAACUUGAUCAGCUCUGGCCAAAAGUUUUGAAUUAAUUUUGCUUCAUAAAGUCGAAUGAAACCUGCUAAAUAAGGUUACCUUGUUAACAUAUUGAAUUACACACCCUCUAUAUAGAAUGAACUCCCUCAGCUUCAUAGAGUCCAAUGAAAGCUGCUGAAUAAUGUUCCCUUGUUAACAUAUUGAAUUCCACCCCCUCUAUAUAGAAUGAACUCCCUCAGCUUCAUAGAGUCCAAUGAAAGCUGCUGAAUAAUGUUCCCUUGUUAACAUAUUGAAUCACACACCCUCUAUAUAGAAUUAACUCCCUCAGCUUCAUAGAGUCCAAUGAAAGCUGCUGAAUAAUGUUCCCUUGUUAACAUAUUGAAUUCCACACCCUCUAUAUAGAAUGAACUCACUCAGCUUCAUAGAGUCCAAUGAAAGCUGCUGAAUAAUGUUCCCUUGUUAACAUAUUGAAUUACACACCGCUUUGUAGUUUUCCAUAGACUUAACGGAAAAAAGCUUUAGUCUGUCAUAAUCGAAAUCUAACAUGCAAUAUAACUGUACUACUAUUACGGCUUCCGGUAGACUUUUGCGAUAUCAUUUUGUAAAUACUGAGCUGAAGUCAUGUGGUUUCAUAAAAACGCCAGGUGCUCAGUGUUUGGUAUUUCAGUUGAGUUAAAAUUGCCAAAAUGAGCUGAUUUAAGAAUCUGUAUAAAUAGCCAUUCGAAAAGAUUUUAAUUAACGCAUGAACAGCGAUUCACAGCCGCACGACUUCAGGAAAACAGCAGUCUAUCCAGAGGCUGAUCAGGUCUGUGCAUCAACGCUGCCAGGAUUGUGUGAAUGCUCAGGGAGGUCAUACUCGAGACUAACUUGUGUAAUGUUUUAAUUCUGACAGUGUGUCACGUUUCAUACAGAAAACCUAUCAUGAUUCUUUGACCUGUAGUUUUGUUCACAUUGUCUGUGAUUUUGUUUGAUGUCUGUGUUUAAAAUAUUUGAUUAAAUCCAUUAUAUAUAGAUAUAGCAAACAGAUCACAUUCUGGGGGUGCCACUGCAAAUUAAAAUCUUCUGAAUACAUUGGAAGACGGGACGAUUAUCUAUCCAGGGAUAAAAGUUUUUUUUUGAGUGGGCUUCUGCAUUUAUUUAUCUGUCUCAAUACUUCACAGGAUGUUAGCAUGCGCGUGUGUGUGUGUCAGUCGAGUAUAUAUCUUUCAGCGCAUGUUCGUGUGGGCGUGUUUGUGUUUCCAUGUGUGCCUGUGUUUGUUGUGUGCUUGUGUGUGUGUGUGUCCGGGGGGGAGGAUUAAUCUGCAGAGGCCAGUUGAUACCCAUUCCAUAUAAAGAAGAGCGCAGUGCCCUUUGCACAGCAUAGCGUCUAAUCAGCUUUUGAAGAAAGUCUUGCAGCUGAGCUGCUAGUGCUGGCAAAGCAAACAGCUGGACUCAAGCUAAACACCAGCUACUCCUACUACAGAAUAGCAAGCACAGAGAGAGAGAGAGCCAGAGAGGGAGAGGAGAGAGACCCCCCGACCGCGUCACCAUGAAUCCGAUCCCCGCGGCUGACGGGGACCCAAUCGAGGAGCUGAUGCUGCUGAUGGCUCAGAGCCUGAGCAGCCUGGAGAUCAGAGAACACUUCAACGUCAUCAAGGAGAUCGGGAGAGGGAAGUAUGGGAAAGUGCUGCUGGUCACCCAUCGCUGCAGAGGCACUCUAAUGGCCCUGAAGGUGAUGCCCAAGACCUCGACCAAGCUGCAGGGUUUCCUGCGCGAGUACUGCAUCUCUCUGCGCGUGUCCAGUCACCCCUGCAUCGUGGGGAUGUUCGGCAUCGCCUUCCAGUCUGAGGAACACUACGCAUUCGCUCAAGAGCUGGUCCUCGGAAAAGACCUCUUUGCUGUCAUCGAGCCUCGAGUGGGCAUCCCAGAGACUGCGGCGAAGCGCUGUGCCCAGCAGAUCGCCAGCGCUCUGGAGUUCAUCCACAGCAAGGGGCUGGUCCACCGGGACAUCAAACCCGAAAACAUCCUUCUGCUGGACCGGGCCUGCUGUCGGGUGAAGCUGGCCGACUUUGGGCUGGCUCAGAAGAGGGGCUCGCAGAUCCAGCUCAUCUCCGGUACCCUGCCCUACAUGUCGCCAGAGCUGUGUGCCGUGGGAGUCUCCUCCGACCACGACAGCAAGUCAAGAACGAUCCUCAGCGUGGAAACCAGCCUGGACACCUGGGCCUUCGCCGUGGUCCUUUUCUGUCUCCUAACCGGAUACUUCCCGUGGGAACGCUGCGCCCCCAACGACUGUUUCUACCAAGAGUUUGCCGAGUGGUGCCAAGGUGAGCCGGGAGAAUGGGAGGUGCCCUCCCAGUGGAAACGCUUCAGCGACAGCGCGCUUGCCAUGUUUAAGAAGCUGCUAGCACUAAGAGCCCAGGAUCGCUACCCGGUCACUGAGGUGCUAGCUUACCUAGAUGAGGAGUGGGUGAAGCUUCCUGUAGCAGAGAACCGGAAGGAAGAGGAAAUGACGACUGAGGGUUGCCAUGGAAAGGGAUUCAGUGUGUGCAGGACAGCGUCUCACUAUGGAAGUCCAAUGCAAAAGGAUCUGCAGUAAGGAAGGGUCAUUGAAAACUGCGGAGAUAUCCUAGGUGAUUUUAAGCAGUGAAUGGAUUGCUCCAUUGGGACCUUUAUUUUUAAACAAGGCAAAAAGCAAGCAAGAAACAACAACGCUGUUAAACUGCCGGUUGUUUUUUCUUUGAAUUAAAAAUCAAUAAAAUUAUAUUAUUAACUA